AUGUCAAACGAUCAGGCUGUGAAGGACAUUAUAGCACCUUUGGAGAAUGCCUCCAUUGCUUCCGAGCAAAAAACUGAGCAAGUUGUUGAUCCCUGGAACGUUCAAGGAGCAAUUGUGGAUGGCAAGCAAAUGGGAAUCGACUAUGAUCGUCUAAUCGAAUCCUUCGGCACCCGUAAAAUUGAUGAAGCAAUACUGCAGCGUUUGGAAACCUUAACAGGUCGCAAGCCCCAUCCUAUGCUCAGACGUGGUUUGUUCUUCUCGCAUAGAGAGCUAAACAAAAUCUUAGAUCGAUAUGAGCAGAAGCAGCCCUUUUACCUGUACACUGGACGUGGGCCUUCCUCGGACAGUAUCCACUUGGGUCAUAUGAUCCCCUUUAUGUUUUGUCAAUACUUGCAAGAGGUCUUUGACUGUCCUUUAGUUAUUCAGUUGACUGAUGAUGAGAAAUUCCUAUUUAAGCCCAACCUCAAGCUGGAAGAGUGCAUCAAAUAUUCGGAACAAAAUGCCAAGGAUAUCAUUGCUUGUGGUUUCAACCCAAAAAAGACUUUUAUCUUUUCUAAUCUCCUUUACGUUGGCGGUAAAUUUUAUCACAAUGUUGUUCGUAUCUCUCGUUGCAUCACCUACAGCAUGUCCAAGUCAACGUUUGGAUUCAAUGAUAGCGACAACAUAGGCAAGUCUCAUUUUGUCUCUAUCCAGGCAGCACCUUCGUUCUCAAAUUCUUUUCCCGAGAUUUUCGGAGAUCGUUCCGAUAUCCCCUGCUUGAUUCCUUGUGCAAUCGAUCAGGAUCCUUACUUCCGAUUGACACGAGAUGUCGCUCAUAAGCUCAAGUAUCCCAAACCUUCAUUGAUCCAUGCAAAGUUUUUCCCUGCCUUGCAAGGUCCCGGUACAAAGAUGAGUGCCUCUGUAGAUAAUUCUGCGAUUUUCAUGACUGAUACGCCAGCUCAGAUCAAGAAUAAGAUUAACCGCCAUGCAUACUCAGGCGGUGGAGCCACUCUAGAGUUGCACAAGGAGCAUGGUGGCAAUCCAGACGAGGACGUACCAUUCCAAUACCUCUCAUUCUUCUUGGAUGAUGAUGAGGAAGUGAAUACAAUUGAGAAAGCCUAUCGUGCAGGAACUCUUUCAUCUGGAGACCUCAAGAAGCGCUGUAUUGAAGUCCUGCAGAAAUUUGUUGGCGAUUUUCAAGCUCGCAAGGCUGCUGUCACUAACGAGAUUUUGAAAGAGUUUAUGACUCCCAAGGAGAUGGGUAUCACUUUUCCGACCAAGUAA